GAAAGAAACUAAAAAUGUACGGUCGAUGGAAUAUCGUCAUCAUUUUAGUGCUGUCUCUAUCAUGGCAAGUACACAGCGCCGAUACAACUAUUACUAUAACGACUACAGAUGCUGCGACUACUGUUACGGCAACCACGGAUGCGGAUACUACUACAACGACCACUGACGCGGCAACUACCAUUACCACUACUGAGGCGGCAACUACUGUAACCACGACUGACGCGACUACUGUCACCACUACUGACGCGACAACUGUUACAACGACUGACGCAACUACUGUUACCACGACUGACGCUACCACGACUGACGCGACAACUGUUACAACUACUGACGCAACUACUGUUACCACGACUGACGCUACUACGACUGACGCGACAACUGUUACAACUACUGACGCGACAACUGUUACAACUACUGACGCGACAACUGUUACCACGACCGACGCGACUACUGUUUCCACAACUGACGCUACCACGACUGAUGGCACAACUAUUACCACGACUGAUGCGACAACGGUUACGACGACUGAUGCGACAACGGUUACCACUACUGACGCAGCAACAACUGUUACGACUACCGCGGCGACUACUGUUACUACUACAGACGCGACAACUGUCAUGGUUUGUACAGCAGCCGGGAGAUUUGCGAACACUGCUGAUACAACAUGCCAGACGUACUAUAUGUGUAUUCUACAAAACGACGGAUCUUACGGUCAAUAUGAAUACACAUGCCCCAGUAUAUCCGUCUUUGAUCCAAUUAAAGCAGUGUGCACCACUACAUCUUAUACUUGCCCAACUGCGUAAUAAUAUUGUAUUGAAAACUUAAUUUAAGUUGCGUUAACAUUGAAGAUAUUGGAAAAAAUAAACAGAAGAAUCCAAAGGAAAAUGGACUUUAUACUUAAUAGUAUGUUUAUUAUCACAGUAAGUUCAUAGGAAGAAAUCUUAAAGUUAUGUUCUCUCUCUGGGAGAAGCUUAAGUGAACCCUUAAUACAUAUUUAAAAGUAAUAAAGCAUUUUUACUACAA